AUGUCUUAUUUCAAGAGUUUGGCUUCUUUGAAUAGAAGAGCGCUUACGUCAUCAAUACGAUAUAACUCAUCAUCAUCAACAGUUUGCCCAUUAGAUGCAUCAAAAUUAGUAAUUGAGAAAACUAAUAAUCCAAAACCUAAAAAAUCCAAAGAUCAAUUGUUAUUUGGUAAAUCAUUCACUGAUCAUAUGUUAGAAAUAGACUGGGAUUCCAAAAAUGGUUGGGGUACUCCAAAAAUAUCACCAUAUCACAACUUAUCAUUAGAUCCAUCAAGUGUUGUAUUUCAUUAUGGAUUUGAAUUAUUUGAAGGUAUGAAAGCAUAUAAAGAUUCCAAUGGUAAAAUAAGAACUUUUAGAGGAAAUAAAAAUAUGGAAAGAAUGAAUAAAUCAGCUGCAAGAAUUACAUUACCUGAAUUUAAUGGAGAAGAAUUACAAAAAUUGAUUGAUAAAUUAUUAAUUGUUGAUCAAGAUUUUAUACCCGAAGGUAAAGGUUAUUCAUUAUACAUAAGACCAACAAUGAUUGGUACAGAUGCAUUUUUAGGUGUUGGUACACCUAAUCAAGCCAAAAUAUAUACAAUCUGUAGUCCAGUUGGUCCUUACUAUAAGAAUGGUUUUAAACCUGUAUCAUUAGAAGCAACAGAUUAUGCAGUAAGAGCAUGGCCAGGUGGUGUAGGUGAUAAAAAAUUAGGUGCUAAUUAUGCUCCAUGUAUAUUACCACAACAAGAAGCAGCCACGAGGGGAUUUGAUCAAAACUUGUGGUUAUUUGGUGAUGAAGGUUACAUAACAGAAGUUGGUACUAUGAAUGCAUUUUUUGUAUUUAGAGAUCCAAAAACUGGUAAAAAGGAAUUAACUACUCACCCAUUAGAUGGAACUAUAUUGGAAGGUGUUACAAGAGAUUCAAUUUUAGAAUUAGCUAAAGAAAGAUUACCAUCAGAUGAAUGGGAUGUAACUGAACGUAAAUUUACUAUUCAUGAAGUUCAAAAAGCUGCUGAAGAAGGUAAUUUGGUUGAAGCUUUUGGAGCUGGUACUGCAGCUGUUGUAUCUCCUAUAAAACAUAUUGGAUAUAGAGGUCAAGAUAUAGAUAUUCCUGUUGAACUAGGUAAUACUGGUGAAUUAACUGCACAAAUUGCUGAUUGGAUAAGUAAGAUUCAAUAUGGUGAAGAAGAAUAUAAAGAUUGGUCGAGAGUUGCCAAAUAA